AUGGCUUCAGUCAUGGCUUCUCAUGCUAUCCUCUUCCAAACCUCAAACCCAAUCAGACCCAAACCCAAGCUCAAACCUUUCUGCAUCCCCACUCUCAAAUUCAGCCCCAACCCUAACCUUAACCCCAACAAAAUUCCAAGAUUCUCCCUAAGACCCCUCUGCGCCUCUCUCACCACAAACCCCCAAACCCUAAAUACCCAAAUCCCAUCUCAGUCCCCACCACCCCUAGCCCAUCUCCCCACUCGGACACUCACCACCCUCUUCGCCCUAACCCUAGCCGUCGUCCGCAACCUCUCAAUUUCACUAUUGAAAUUCGGAUCCCAAUUCGGACCCUCCAUCGGUUCCGCCGCCGGACCCCUCUUCUUCGCGGCGCUCGGAGACCGCCCGAGCGGCUACUUGAACACGCCGUUGACGGUGGUUGCCGCCGGACUCUCUAAAUGGCUCGAUAUCUACAGUGGGGUUUUGAUGGUUAGGGUUUUGCUCAGUUGGUUCCCCAAUAUUCCUUGGGACCGCCAACCCCUUUCGGCGAUUCGGGACCUCUGUGAUCCCUAUUUGAAUCUCUUUCGCAACAUAAUCCCGCCGAUUUUCGAUACCUUGGAUGUUAGUCCGCUCUUGGCUUUCGCAGUUUUGGGCACGCUGGGUUCGAUUCUCAACAACAGUAGAGGAAUGUAUUGA